AUGCUUGUGUUUACAUCCUUCCCUUCUGGGCGCCUUCACAGAAUCUUUCUUCGUUUUAAGCGUAUCUCCUUUGAGCGAUAUAUUUUUAUGAGAUUUCCUUUUUUUUUUCUUUAUUUUCUUUUUAUCCCUUUUUUCACACUUGUUUUUAUUUCAUUCUUUUAUCUCUUCUUCUUCUGUAUCAUUGUUCUUUGUUUGUCAAAUGUGAUUUUCAUUCUCUCCUUUACACAUUUUUCUUUCCUCUUUUACCUUCAAAUUCAUACCUGUUUCUCCUUCUUUCCGUCUUUACAUCAGAAUCCUUUUUUUUCUCUCCUCACUCCCCUUCUUUUCUUUUCUUUUUCUCCAUCUAUUUGUGCAUUUCCUUUCCUUCUUCUUCAUUUAUCUGAAUCUGUCUGUCUCUUUACUAUCUAUCUAUCUAUCUAUCUAUCUAUCUAUCUAUCUAUCCUCUGUAUGCUGUACAUGAUUAGAUUCGGUUUCAAUCCAUACACGGCCUCCACUUCCUGCGGUGUUCAUAUCUAUCUCAUUCUAUUCACAUAUUCAUCUAUCUAUCUAUCUAUCCAUCUAUCUAUCUAUCUAAUUCUGUCCAUAUCUAUCUAUCCAUUUAUAUCAUUCUGUUCAUAUUCAUUCAUAUCUAAUCCUAUCUAUCUAUCUAUCAUCUAUCUAUCUAUCUAUCAUCUAUCUAUCUAUCUAUCUAUCUAUCUAUCUAUCUAUCUAUCUAUCCAUCUAUCUAUCCAUCUAUCUAUCUAUCUGUUUCAUUCUGUUCCUAUCUAUCUAUCUAUCUAUCUAUCUAUCUCUUAUUUUGUUCAUAUCUAUCUCAUUCUGUUCAUAUCUAUCUAUAUCAUUCUAUUCAUAUCUAUCUAUCUAUCUAUCUAUCUAUCUAUCUAUCAAGAAUUCUCUCUCUCUCUCUCUCUCUCUCUCUCUCUCUCUCUCAAACGUAUGCAGUUUGCAUUAUAA